AUGGCUGCUCAAGGUGCGGGAUUUAGCCGCAUUUCGGAUGAUCACAUAGCAAGUGUGAUUCGUGAUUCAGACGAAUGGGCGUUUGUGGAAUACAUGAUCCAGAUUAAUACAAGGACAUCCCGUGUCAAGCUCCUCCAUGCUUGGCACCUGUCACCUCUCCCCGUUGUGAACCAGUUUGAGAGGCGGACAACGCGCCGUCUGGUGGUGUAUUCAUUUGUCGACGCUUCCAUGCUUGACGAGGAGAAUUCCAUUCAGGAUGUUGCCAGGCGGGGCUUCAAGAUUGGUCCUCGGGGAAUGAAGUUCAUCCUGGGGAACUUCAGUUUACAGGGAAUUCCGCUUCUACGGGGGGGACCGAAGGAUGCACCGGAUCCUUUCACGCUUCCUUCAUGUGGGCUGCAGAUGCACAGACACGGCGAUGUGCUUAUGCUACACGGGCAUGCUCUCGUCAUCAAGAUGCUAGCGACA